CUUUCCGCGUACAGUGCUGAGGCCAUGUCCGUUGCUUGUGCUCCCAAUUCAGCUCCACUGUCCCGCCAUUUCAGUUCAACUUGGCUUUAGUGAGUUGUCCUCGGGAUAGCGUUGGGCUGAAGUGGAGGAAUAUCUUCCCCAGCUUCACCGCAACUUUCCCUACUGGUGUCUACGCGGUACUCUACCGAAUUACAGUAGGGCGUAAUUUGAAGUCAGUCACGCAACUACACCGAAGGUGGUUUUUUUAAACCGUCACAGUACUACUGUUUGCUGUAGCCAAUUCUUCGCGUUUUAGUUGCAUUACUCGCGGAGACCUGAUACAUCCCAGAGUCAACACAUCCGUGUGGCCGGUUCACACGAACCAUGGCGACCGCGACGCUCCCGUCUGCCCAAUGCCAGCUCGCCACGUGUCAACAAUCCUCCCACGUGGACACCUCUUUAAUACGCAGCGCGGCGUCGUCCGUUGCCGGCGGUAGGGCUCUGCGAAGAGCUAUCGCGAGGGGAGCCGCUGCGGGAUUCGGAAGAAGUUUCGGAAGCGAAAGGAGAGGGAGGGGGGGAGCGUGGGGAGCGGGGAGGUUGCGCGUGAGGGCGGUGGCGGAGGAGGAGGUAGACGUCGAGGGGGAGAGCAUCGCCGAUGAUUACUACUCCAUCCUCGGUCUGACAUCCGACGCUACUCCCGACGAGAUCAAGCGCGCGUACUACGCGUGCAUGAAGGCGUGUCAUCCGGAUCUGAGCAACAACCAUCCGGACAGUGUCGCCUUCUGCUCCUUCGUCAACGAAGUGUACGAGGUGCUUAGCGAUCCCGAGAUGCGGCUGGUGUACGACGAGAUCAAGGGAUAUUCGCUGACGUCUGUCAACCCUUUCGUGGACAACCGGCACGAGAAAGACCAAGUGUUCGUCGACGAGUUCACGUGCAUUGGUUGCAAGAACUGCGCCAAUACCGCGGAGGAGACAUUUGAGAUCGAGGAGAUGUGGGGCCGGGCUCGCGUGUGCAACCAGGGCGGCAACGCGCCCUCCAAGAUUCAAGAGGCGGUUGAGACCUGCCCUGUGUCGUGCAUUCACUGGGUGACGUCACCUCAGCUGGCCCUCUUGGAAGACGAGAUGCGGCGCAUGGAGCGAGUGAGCGUGGCGAUCAUGCAGGCGCAGAGCAGCAGGGGGGCCGAUGUGUUCAUGCAAGCGAAUUCGAGAUGGGAGAAGAGAAGAAUGCGAGCACUGUCGAAGGCAAAGGCACAGGCGGCAAGGGACGGGCGCAAAGACAAGUACAGCAAGCCCCUGUGGGAGACGAUGGGCGAGGCCAUGGGGAUGUCAGGAGACAAUGCCACGUGGCGGGGCGACGCGGAGGACGUGUAUGACAAGGCCGCCACUGGCGCUCCUAUUAACCAAGAGAAGGUGCGGCGGGCGGCUGCGGCUGCUAGGAGAUGGAGGGAGUACUCCCGGCAGGGGGUGGACCGGAGGCGAAAGAUGUACCUGGCUGCUGAAUCAGGGGGGUCGUCGGAGGAGGAGAGUGAGGGGGAGGAGGAGGGGAAGGGGAAGGGAAAGCAGGCAGAAGAGAGGGAUAGGGAGCCUGUUGCUCUGUAGUUUGGCAGGAGAAGGUGAGAUGGGCGAUAACAGUGGAUAGGAGGUGGAGGGAGUAUCCCGGCAGGGGGUGGACCAGAGGAGAAAGAUGUACCUUGCUGCUGAGUUGGGGGGGUCGUCGGAGGAAGAGAGUGAUGGGGGGAGUGCGGAGGAGGGGGAGGGGAAGCAGAAGGGAAAGCAGGCAGAAGAGAGAGAUAGGCAGCCUGUUGCUCUGUAGAAUGGCAGAAGGUAGGUGGGUGACAACAGUGGCAGCAGGCAGAGGGUUUACUCCCGUAGGAGGUGAUCCGGAGGGAAAAUACCUAUCUUGCUGCUGAUGGGGGUGUUCAUAGGAGGAAGAGAAUGAGUGGGAGGAGGAGGUGAAGGAACUGGAGGGAGGGAAUUGGGAGGGAGCCUAUAGCUGUGUAACAGGCUGGUAACCUGCAAUAACUUGCUUUAGUCUGUAAAGAUGUGUUGUUUGUAGCAUGUUUGUACUAGCAUGCUGUUGAGAUGUCACUGCGACAUGAUUGAGUUAUGGUACGAGUUUUCUCUU